GCUCCUUGUUGCAAUUAUGUGACACAUGUAUAUAACAGCUGCUAGACUCUUCCUCUCGAUGAUAAGAUUCCCUACGGGUUUUCACAUAUGUGAUAUUUAAAGCCGUGCCACUUGAAACGUACAAUUGUAACACCAUAGUCCUUGUGACCUAAAUCCGGAAGAAGUCAUGCGCUAGAUUUUGAUAUACGUCAUGCAUGUAUAAAGAUUACGUUAACACAGACCUAUGUACGACUGUGUCUUACUGUCUGGUUGUUGUUAAAGUCGACAUUAAACUUAGAAAUGGCGAAAAGAAGAGUGGAUUUCGACAGAGAUUUUUGUCUGAUCUUGUUUUUAAUAGUCAACACAGUCAGAUCUGAAGUAAACCUCGCGCUGUCGAAGACAGCCACACAGAGUAGUACUCAUGGUGACGGUAGAUGGUCGGCAAGACGGGUCGUGGACGGAUGUGAAUUGGCCGAUGUUAAUUCUAAUUGUUGUUCGCACACAACCGAUGUUGGUCCGAAGACGGCUUGGUGGAGUGUCGAUCUUGAAGAAAACAGCACCAUCGACACAAUCAGAAUAGUUUACAGAGAUGGUUUUCAGAGAAGACUGGCCGGAUACCAGCUUUAUGUAUCCAAUACCACCGAUUCACCCACAAACGGCGUCCUCUGUUAUCAGGACACUAGUAGUAGUAGAAGUUCGGUACAGUUAGACCAGACACACCAGUGCCCGUAUGUAGGGCGGUAUGUGACUGUGUACAACUAUAGAAACAACACAAAACGAUACAGCUGGUAUGAUAAUUAUGCAGUGUUGGAGCUUUGUGAGGUUCAAGUGAAUGGCUGUCCUGUGGGGAGAUACGGAAAUGGUAAUUGUAGUCAAGCAUGUCCGGCCAGCUGUUACGGAGGCAACUGUAAUUCUAAAACGGGUUCUUGCAUUUAUUGCUUCCCGGGAAAAUACGGAAACUUAUGUGAAAACACUUGCUCUACGAAUUGUAAAAACAGUUUGUGUAAUAAAGACUCUGGCUAUUGUUUAGAAUGCUUUCCAGGGAAGCUUGGUAAUGUGUGCGAUCAAGACUGUCCUGUAAACUGUAAGGAUAGUUUGUGUGCAAACAACAACGGCUAUUGUAUUGAAUGCAUUCCUGGAAAGUUGGGCAAUACCUGUGAUCAGGACUGUUCAGUUAACUGCCAGGAUAGUUUGUGUGCCCGGGACACUGGUUACUGUUCUGAAUGUGUUGCCGGAAAAUUGGGUAAUACCUGCGAUCAGGACUGUCCUUCAAACUGCAAGAACAGUUUGUGUGCCAGGAACACAGGUUACUGUACUGAAUGUGUUGAUGGAAAGUUCGGCAGCAUCUGCGAUCAAAACUGUUCUGUAAACUGUAAUCACAGUUUGUGUGUCAAGGACACGAGUACCUGUUACGAAUGUGUUCCAAGAAAAUUCGGUAAUACUUGCGAUCAUGACUGUCCUGUAAACUGUGAAAAUAGUUUGUGUGCCAGGGACACCGGGUAUUGUACUGAAUGUGUUGACGGGAUGUUCGGCAGUACAUGUGGUCAAAUCUGUUCAGUAAACUGUAAAGAUAGACGGUGUUCUAUCAACACCGGAUACUGUAAUGAAUGUGUUUCUGGAAAGUUUGGCAGUACCUGUGGUCAAGACUGCUCUGUAAACUGUAAAAACGGGACGUGUGCCAGAACCAGCGGAAUCUGUACAGAGUGUGUUUCUGGAAAGUACGGUAAUACAUGUGGCCAAGACUGCUCAGUAAACUGUAAGGGCGGGGCGUGUGACAAGAACAAUGGAUACUGUACAGAAUGCAUCAUUGGAAAACACGGAGAUAGUUGCGAUCAGGACUGCUUGGAAAUCUGUGGGGACGGAUGUUUUAGGGACAACGACACAUGCAUAAAUUGUACAGCUGGGAAAUAUGGUGUAACAUGUUCCUUCACAUGUUCUUUGACUUGCAAAGACUUUUUGUGUAAUCAGCAAACCGGCCACUGUUUAGAUUGCUACCCUGGAAAGUACGGAGUGGUGUGUGGGGCUGAUUGUCUGGACACAUGUACGGACAACAUCUGCAAUAAGGACGAUGGACACUGUCUAACCACUACCGAUUCUAACUUGGUCAUAAUAGCUGUUCUAGCUACUCUUUGUGGGCUGCUUGUUGCUGUAAUGAUUCCUGCAGUAAUAUGGCAAUUUCGAAAAAGACAAAACAGAAUGAACUUGUCAGAUGCACGUACAAACGCGAACACAGAACAAUGCGUCCAGAACACUGGGUUUAUGUCUGUCUCUCAUCAGGACGAAAUAACAGCCAACGUCUAUGAACUGCUGGUCACCUAAUACGCAAGACAAGUUCAUCAAACGCAUCAAGUGAAUUCGAAAUCAUACAAUAUGUUGAUAUACGGCUGUGAUAUAUUGGGAAAAAAACAGACGUUGAUAUUUCUGAUUUUGAAAACCCUGACUUCGAGGCACGGACGAGGCACUAAUCAAAUAUUCUCUUUCACUGUCAUUUUGUGUUCCGUUUUAUAUCAAAUGGCAUAUCAACACUUUAUGCCUUUAUUUCUAGAAAUAGGGAACAACUGUAAGAUGCAGUUUAUUUUAUUUCUAAAUUCUGUAUCUUAUUCUCAAUUUAAUGUGAAAGGUGCUAGAACCCUGUUUUGUUGUACGAGUACAAUCUCUAGUUUAUGAUGUGGACGAUUGUUUUAGAAUUUAUUAAAGCAUAUAUGUUGAUAGGACCGUUAAACAAUGUUAACCAGACUGUAAAUCUAAUAUCCUAAUUUGUUGUCUUACUUUAGAAAUAAAUCGUGCUUCAUUUGUGGAAAAGUAUAAAGUACACGUAUUGAUCAAAUGCAAAAGGAUCCAUUUAAAUAAAUUGAUCGUAAUUGGUUUGAAUAAUAA